AUGAUCUCGAUCUUGAUGUUGAAUACAAGGCAAAAUAUUCCUAUUUUUGAUGUGGAGGGACAAAAUAUAAUUCAAUAUUUUGACGAUGCUAUUGAUUUUAUUCAGAUCGCUUAUAAAGCAGGAGGAAAAAUUUUAAUUCACUGUCAAGCAGGUGUAUCCCGAAGUCCUACCAUUUUAGCUGCCUGUUUAAUGAAAUCAAAAAAGAUAAAACGUGAUGAAGCAUUAGAAUUGAUUAAACAGAAACGUCCCUGUAUUGCACCUAAUCAAGGAUUUAUGGAGCAACUUGAUCUUUAUUAUGAUUUAGAAUUUGAAGUCGAUUUAAAUAAAGUAGAAUAUAGACGUUUUCUAGUAGCCAGUAUGGCUGAAGAACAAAAAAAUUAUGGUCAUGUAGAACAUAAUGCUUUGGCUGCUGAUCCAGAAUAUACACCAUUAACAGAAGCAAGUAACAAAAAAAAAUUCAAGGCUUUACGAUGCAGAAAAUGUAGACGAAUUUUGGUUGGCUCUGAGCACGUUAUUGAUCAUGAACCAGGGAAAGGACAAGUGGCAUUUUCUUAUCAUAAACGUAAUGCAGAUAUUAACAUUACUACAACAGCUACAACUUCAACAGAGUCAGAAGUGAAUACAUCACUCAAUAAAGUAAAUGCAUCCCUAAACCCGUUAUUAGCAUCAUUAGCUAUUCAUAAUAAUGCAUGUUCAUCUUAUUUUAUUGAGCCCAUGCAAUGGUUAGAAGGUUUGAUUGAUGAUGUACAGGGACGUAUUGAUUGUCCUAAAUGUUCCUGUAAAUUGGGUUCCUAUAAUUGGGCAGGUGAUCAAUGUUCCUGUGGUCGUUGGAUUACACCUACUUUUAUGUUGCAUCGUAAUAAAGUAGAUGAAGUUAAAAACGUUUUACAAAAAUAA